AUGGUUCGAUUAGUCUUUCGCCCCUAUACCCGAGUCGGACGAUCGAUUUGCACGUCAGAACCGCUUCGGACUUCCACCAGAGUUUCCUCUGGCUUCAUCCUGCUCAGGCAUAGUUCACCAUCUUUCGGGUACCAGCGCAUACGCUCUAACUAG